UCGUCUCUCUCUUCUGGUCUGUGCGUUUCCCUGUGUUUUGGAGGAGGCGUGGCUUUGGACGACGCUUUGCAGGGAGGGUGAGAGAUCGUAUGCUUUCAAUGCUAGCAGGCUAAAGUUACCAUUUCUCAGAUCGCCUACUGCACCUUUAAAUGUAAAUAAUUAAACAAUUCCUGAAAAUUAAUACAGAAUAAAAUAGUAAGUGCUCUAAAAUAGUAUAAACUGCUAGUACAUACAAAAAAAAAAAAAAAAAAAAAAAAAAAAAAAAACGAGGGUCCUAGAAAUGCGGCCCUGAAACUGCAGGAGCUCCGGUCUUGCAGGAACUCUUUCAUUCAGCGGUCGUAACCGCAGUAACCGCGUCUCCAUGGAAACGUAACAACAAACUACCGCUGUAGAGAGUCGGUUUUAUUGCUAAUAGGCUGGCUGUGGUCGACACUGGUGUUAUUUUUUAUUUCUUAAACACAUAAAUUAGAAAGAGUGGCAAUUACUUUUCACUUUGUUGUGGCUCUGUUGUCAUAGCGUUUAUCCUAUGAGGUGUUUCACGUAAGCUCAACAGAAAUGCCUCAAAGCGCCGCGUCUUCGAGUGGGAAGCUGUCAAGCAGCAGCGCUUUGACUCGCCGCUAUCGCACACGAGCCCUCACCUCUCAUGUGGACGAGACCCUCUUUGGGACCCCCAAACAGCAUUCUGCUGCUGAUAUGAAAGAUGAUGCUGAGGGCAGAAGCGUGAGGUCAAGGUCACUGUCAAGCUCUGCUCCUGCAACCAAAGAGCCAAAGUCAGAGACGGUCCGUAUCAUCACUAAAGACCUCAUCAGAGACCUCAGAAUCCCAAGUGAGGACCCAUCUGGGCAGUCUGUCAUCCUUUCAUCAGCUGAGUUUAGGCGAAUCAUGGUGGAGUCUCAUGUUCCUAGUGAAGAGGAGAAGGCAGCUGUGCUAGAGGCCCAACGCAAAGCCCGCGAGGAAGCCAUGGAUGCUGCAGAGGAGAGAAAAGCACAGAUGCGUCAGGCGGACCUGUCUCGGCAGAAGAACCAGACUCUCAGUGAGCUCGAGGCAGAGGCAAGGGACCGGGCUCAGUACCUGUUGGAGCGGGCCAACACCCUGAGAAUGGAACAAGAGGACGAAGUCAAGAAGCUCAAUGAGUUGAUUCAGGAAGUUCAGUGCCAUGUUAUCCGAGACGCACAGCUUGAGGAGAAGAAAAAGAACCGCACAAAGUGGCUGGAGGAGGAGAAAAGACUGGAUGCAUUGAUGGAGGUGGAGCGUCGUCGGGCUUUAGAAACUCAGGAACAAAUCGAGCAGCUCCGCAAACAGCAGAUGAUUCAUGGGAAGCUGCGCAUCCUCGACCAGAUCCAGAUGCGUCUGGAGGAGAAAAUGCUACAAGAGGAGGUAAAGGAGCAGGAGGGUCAGCAGUUGCUGGAAAACAUGGAAAGAAUGCAGAUGGAGGAGCUCAAGGCCAUUGAAAGAAAGAAGGAGGAGCAGAAGAAUUUGCUUCAGGAGAUUCAGAAGAUAAAUGAAGAGAAUCUGCUUGCUAAAGAGCAGAAAAAGGAAGAAGAGAGAUUAGCAGAUCUGCGUGCUGUAGAGUAUACAUGCAAGAAGUUGGAACGAGAAGCAGAGUAUGAAGCUGAGCAGAUACGAAUCAAGAAAGAAAAAGAAAAGGAAGUAGCACGACUGAGAGCUCUUCAAGAACGGGACCGAGACCAUAAAGCUGAGCAGGAUGAGAUCAGGGCACGGAGGAACCAGGAAGCGGCAGCGAGGGAAUGGAGAAGAAAGGAGAAAGAGCGGACUAUGAAAAAGCUGGAAGUGGAAGAGAAGCUGAGGGUUGCUCGUUUGGAACAAGUCACUCAUAAGGAGCACCUGCUGUCAAUUGAAGCUGGACGAGAGAGAGCAGAGUUUGAGAGGGUCCUGAGGGCACAGCAGGAACUCAUUGAGAAAGAACGAGAAAAAGAGGAGCACCGUCAUCAACAAAUCCAAAGGCAUGCUGAGGCUGUGAGGCAGCAGGUAAGGGAGAGAGAAAUGCAGGCUGUCACCCAGCGCAGAGAGCUGUUCCGAGAGGGGGAGCGGUUGGAAGAGGAGGCGCGCAAUCGCAGAGCCCGACUGGACGAGAUUAAAGAAAAGAAGCUGCGGGAACUCAAGGCAGCUGGACUCUCCGACAAGUACUGCAAAGAAGUUGAGCGUAAAGUUCAAGCUCUUCCAACUCUUACAAACUGAGCCAGAGGAGCAACGGAAAUGCGGGAAAUGAGAGUGAAUGAAAGAAGAAAAACCUAGUUGUGGUUUGCCAGUCAAGUAAUCUAGAAUUAGGCUAGAAUUAAACCAUGUGUAAAGCAUUUAUUUUUGCUGCCAGUGUUUUUCGAUUUGUUAAAAAGAUUGCAUCAUCACAAGUGGGAAGGAAAUUGUUUAUACACAAAAUGUGCAAUGAGUGGUGUGUUUCUUCUCUUUCUGCUGCUCACUCAGUAGGACUUAAUUUCUUGAUGCCAAAUGUGUUAGUCUAGUUUUCUUUGAGUUCUUACUGCAUUUUUAUUAAGGUGACAAUAUGUGCCAUUUUCCCAGGACGCGUCCUGUCCAGGAUUUCUAAGUUGCCUAAAAUGGCUUGAGCCCUUGCCUCUUUAAUCGUGAAAGUGGUCAUAUCGAUGUGCCCCCGGAACAGGAUUUCUACAUGGAGGUCUGUGCAAGCCGCUGUUCUUAUUGAAAGUCUUCAUGCAAUGCAUUAAAAUGUUGUCGUAUUUGCAAUGCUUUGACCGUUCUCUGUAGAUCCAGCCUUCUCACAAGCCACGAUUGGUCGAUUAUGUAUAAUGCACGCUAUUGGUCAAAUUAUUUUUCAGUCAUUACCUUCCGCAAAUAUGAAAACAAAAACAAAACUGGGACAUUUUAUGCAACUUAGAAAUCCUGGACAGGACGCGUCCUGGGGAAAUGGCACAAAUGAUCACCCUAUUUUUAUACACUCUAAAAGAACAUAUUUUAGUAUAAACUGUAAUAUUUUUGAACAGUUAAUUUCAUGUUAAUUCCAAUUAAAUGAAAAAAUCUAUUAGUUUAAAUGUAUAUUAAAUACAGUUAGCUGAAAUUGAGUGCUUCUUUUUUCCCACUUAAAUACAUCUUUAUGUGUAAUUUUAUAAUUGUUUAUAUUUGUCUUUGAAAUAUGGUUAAAGUGUACAGCCGAAUGUAUUUAAGUGUAUCUGUAAUUACACAUUUGCAAAUGAGUACUUUUAAAAUAUAUUAACUUUAAAUGUAAUAUCAAAGAACGCACUACAGUUAAAAAUUAUAAUCAAGUACUUUACAUGUGCUUUAGUAGGCUAUGUUAGAACAUUAAAACAAAUGAUUAUUAAAACAAAAUUAUUUAAAAUGCAACCUUUAAUUUGAAAGUACAAAGUGCAUUUUUUAGUAAUUAAAUCUGUUAAGAAACAGUCAUGAAAGUCAGUGGCCUUUAUUUCACUGAUAUAUUAACUACAAGUAGGCCUACAGGUUUUUAAAAAAUAUAUAUAUAUACUUUUAACACUCCUGCUUGGAACAAACAUCACACAGCUUCACCAGUUUCACAAGCAAGGGAAACUUUAAUCUUUAAGAUUGGAUUGGAAACUAGCUUUCGAGAUCACAAAUCAAGAAGUGAUAGAAGUGGCUGUUUGUUUGCUUUUUUUUUUUUUUUUUUUCUUAAAAACUUUAGGCCCAUUCACACCAAGAACGAUAACUAUAUUAUCCUUACACCAGCAGAUGAUAUCAUUCUGUUUAUUUUGAUCGCACACUGCAGUUUAUGUCGCCUGACGCUUUAAAUGCUCAAGCUCUUUAAAACAGGAUGGAUUCAAUGAUUUUAUCAUUCAUCACCUGGAAAAAAUCAUUCUGAAAGUGAUUCCAAUGAUAUUGUUCCUCUCUGCCGUUAUCAUUAUAGUUAUGAUGUGGACUCUGCUAUCCUUCUAUAUGUAGAACGAUUUUUAGAACUAUAUCUUUAUCGUUAAAGUUAUCGUCCUUGGUGUGAAUGGGCCUUUAAAACUCCAGCAUCAAUAUUUGACCAAUAAUUUAUGACAGUUACAGUCAUUUAAUAAUUUCUAUCAGGAAUUCACAUCAAUCAUGCUGAAUCAACCUGGUAUUUAUCAUUAUUUCACAUAAAAGGAAAACAUAUAUGCUUAUUAAGUCGCACCUGCUUCUGUUUAUUUGUGAUCACUGAACUGUAUCAAACAAUGUCAUUAGGGCUUUUAUGUACAAAGGUGUGCUUAUUUAGGAAAAUGCUGAUAAAUGCUCAUGUUCACGGUUUCUAUUAAUUUUUCAGAUCUAAGUUGCUGUUAUUGAUUUAAUUCCACUAUGGAAUUAAUUCAACGUUCUCUAUGGAUUUGGAUACCACUACAAAUGGCUGUUUCUUCAAAUAGUAAGGGUAUAGUGGGUGAUUUUGAACACAGCCCGUUCUUGUGCCAGAUCGUUUCAAAUGUGCCUGUCUUGUCCUAUCCUAUUCUUGGUGUUUUCUCCAUACGGGGUACUUUUUGUUCAUUUUUGAUUUUAAUAAAGCCCAUUGUUCACUGUG